AUGACUAGUUAUCAAGUCCACAGUGAGAACUUCCUGCUGUUUACAAAGCAGCAGACUCCGUCACUCGAUGUCAAAUUCGAGAACACUCAUUCGCAUUAUAAGCCUCGGAUCCAUGGCCUUUCAGAAUCCCACAAAUUCCAAAAGAAGAAGAGAGCCAGUUAUCUGGGCCAUGGCACCUUCCACGUCCGCAACUGUACAUCGGGGGUACCACUUGAUGACUUGAGGAAUGGAGGUCAGAGUCUUGGAAAAGGCUGUAUGGAACUCUCAGCCGCAACCUCCUAA